AUGAACGCUGCAAAGAACAUGUCCAAGUCUCUCCGUCACGCAAAGAUCACUCCUCAUCGCUCCAGCAGCCGAGGUCACAGUGAUCAUGGCUGGCUGAACACUUACCAUAGUUUUUCUUUUGCCGACUGGUAUGACCCGAGGUUCAGUCACUUUGGAUCUCUUCGCGUUCUCAAUGAGGACCGAGUAAAGGCCAACUCGGGUUUCCCUACUCACCCUCACCGGGACUUUGAGAUCUUCAGCUACAUCCUAUCCGGAGAGCUCACACACCGAGACUCAAUGCUCACCAAGGGCAAGGAGGGAGGACAAUCUGACAAGUUCUACCGCAUGCAUCGUGGCGAUGUCCAGUUUACCACUGGUGGAACUGGCAUUGCCCACUCGGAAUUCAACGAACACAAGUCAGACACAGUCCACUUUCUUCAGAUCUGGGCCACUCCCUGGAAGCGUGGUCUUACCCCUCGAUACCACACCCGUCACUUCAGCGAUGAGUCCAAGAGGCAGGGCUUUGUCAAGAUCCUGAGCCCUCUCAAGGGAGGCGAGGAAGCUACAGCACAGCAGGAGAAGGACGCUGAGCCUGUCAUCCCCGACACUAUUCCCAUCCACGCUGACUUUGUCAUGGCCGCUGGUAUCAUCGAGCCAAGUAAAAAGUUUGAGUGGACCGUCGGUGGAGGCGCUACUGAGCAAACAAAGAGAAAGGUCUAUGUGCAUGUGCCCAUGACCAAGGGUGGAAAGGCCAAGAUCCGUCUAGAUGGGCGGGAGGAUUCAGAGAUUCAAGAGGGUGAUGGUGCCUUCAUUGAUGGUGUCAAUGCCGGUGAUAGGCUCGCCGUUGAGAGCAUUGGUGAGGCUGAGGCCGAGGUUGUCGUUCUUGAUACAGCUUAA